AUGAAUGAGGUCAUUGACAAGAUGGUAGCAUUUGAUUGUAAGACUGGCGAAGACUACAUUACCAUAGCAGUGAAAGAAGGCUGCUUCAUUUGCGGCAGAGUUGUGUCACCAGAAGAGCUAGCCAAUCACGAGGAGGCCUGCCUGGCUAGGUGGCAGGUGGAGAACGACAAGCUGGCACCGCAUCUGAGGCAUCCGCUGCCCACCAGGCCAGGGGGUGAGGAGGAAGGUGAGACGAGGGCAGACAGCCCCCAGAGUGAGGAAGCACCCGUGCACCAUCACCCAACUACACCCACUUUGGCACAGUCCCCACGCAAGCAACUGUCGCCACCCACUUUGUCGGUGACCACCUUGUCAUCAUCCUGCACUUUGUCGACACCCACUAUGGCGCAGUCCCCGCGCAAGCGGCUGUCAGUGUGCUGGCUGUGUGGCCGCGAGUUUGGUUCCGCGUCCAUCCGCAUCCACGAGCCGCGCUGCCUGAAGCGGUGGCGGUUGGAGAACGAGCAACUGCCGCCUGAGCGACGGCGACCGAGCCGCAGAAGCCGGCUGUCGUCCUUACAUCAGGUACCUUAA